CUUUCACUGCCACAUCCGUAGUCACAACCCCAGCUACGCUCAUCGGAUCUUUUGUUGUGGGUAUAUGGCGUUCGUUUCAGCCCGGAGAUCAGCAGUCAUGGUUCGAAUCCGACGCUGCUCCAACAGCAGCAGAUCAGCGGGUAGUUCCACGCGUGCAGCUACCAAGACUAAGACCAUCCUCGUCUUGGCAGCCGCGGCGUCAGGGCUAGGUGCGGCUUCCGCUUUCGGGCUGGGAGCGUCUUCCUCGCCGCUGAUUGGCCGAGCUCUGGCAGCAGCAGCAACGACAAGUAGCAGCGUAGCUGGUGGCGGUGGAGAGGGCGAGAGACGAACAGUGACAACGAUGACCGCGAAACCGUCGAACGUGUUUGUAGCUGGGGCUACGGGCCGCCUGGGGAAGCGCGUCGUGAGGGAGCUGCUGCUGGAUGGCAUGGAGGUGACAGCGGCGGUAAGGCCUGACAGCCUCCCGAAAGCCAACACGCUCUUCGCCGACAAGGCUUUCAUGCCGGAAGGGCUGUCGAGCAAGCUUGAGGUGGUCGGGGUGGACCCAGAGAGCGAGUUCGAGCUGAGCAAGGCCAUGGAGAAGAGCCAGUCUGUCGUCUGUGCCCUGGGGGCAUCGGAGUCGGAACCUUUCAACGUCAAGGGACCUUACCAGGUGGAUGGGAAGCUGUCCCAGAAGCUUGUGCUCGCGGCGAAGGAGACUCCCUCUGUGAAGCACUUCAUCCUCGUCACGGCUCUCGGAACAGGGAAGUUCGGAUGGCCGGCGUCCGCGCUUAACCUGUUCUGGGGCAUCUUGUCGUGGAAGAGGAAGACGGAGAAGGCGCUAAUCGACAGCGGGAUACCCUACACCAUUAUCAGGCGAGCACCCGGCGGAAUGGAGAAGCCCGGGGACGACUUCGAGCAGACCCACAACGUGAGGGUGGCCUCCAAGGACACCUUGUUCGGAGGGGUCGUGUCCAGGCUGCAGGUCGCCAAGCUAGCGGCGGCGGCGGUGGUGGCGCCUGAUAGCAGCACCAACAAGGUGAUGGAGGUUGUGGCGGAGGAUCUUGCCCCCAAGAAGACCUACAGCGACCUUGUUGAAAGCGCCAGGGACGAUCAGCCUGACGAGACUUGGAAGAACAAGCUUAGCCCCGACCAGUACUACGUUCUCAGGAUGGGUGGCACGGAACCGUCGUUCACGUCCCCGCUUAACAAGGAGAAGAGGGAGGGAGUAUUCGUUUGCGCCGGUUGCGGGCAGGAGCUGUACGAUUCCAGCACCAAGUAUAACAGCGGCACUGGAUGGCCUUCGUUCUUUGCGCCCGUUUCGGAGGAAGCCGUUCGGGUCGUUCGAGAGGGCGGUCUCUUCCCCAGGAGAGAAGUGCGGUGUUCGAACUGCGACGGGCACUUGGGGCACGUGUUCCCAGACGGACCCAAGCCCACGGGGCUACGCUACUGCAUGAACGGCGUUGCGAUGGGGUUCAAGCCCAAGGAAGACAUGGCCGAAAGGGAAACCGCAUAGUCUACAGCAGUUUCUUGUGCUAGAAACCAAGGCCUGAUGCGUUUUAUUGGAGGCGUUGUUGUACAGCGAAGGAAACACAUCUGCUGUAGCAGUAAGUGAACCAGUGGCGUUGAGUCCGCCUGUCGAAGAGCCUCUGCUUGUUGUUUUGUUGUCAGUAAGGUACCAUGGAAGAAGCGUUUCAGUUUUUUUGUGUUUCUCGAAUUCCGUGGGUUGUGGAUUCCAUGUUCGUGGCUUCCUUCAUUGAUGCGGGAUUUCCACAAGCCCCUCGAUCGUUGAGAGAGACAAAGCAGUGGUGUUGUCACACGUCCGUCCGUAUGUAUCACGCUGCAUGCGUGUAUGUAUGUGUCGUAUGCACUCUUUCGUGCUUGAUAGACUGCCUUACGGAAGUAGCGGGCACCAGCACGAUUUGUAUUUUUGUGUUUUCGCCAGAGUCUUGCCUCCGAUUUUUUUCCUUGGGGUGUGGCCGACAGACUGACUAAGUCAUGCCAGGAGUAGAGUUUGAUUGGGCACCUGUUACAUUAUUAUCGCCCUUGUUCCUAUUUUGCUGUACGUCGAUACUGGAGAAAAUAAGCACCGAGCGCAGGGGAAUGUUGAAAUAUUUUGAGUGACUCCGGAUCGGAGGUGGGGUGUUACGAUGGAGAGGAUUAAAAAAUAGCAAUGCAAAAACGACCCCGCGCACGGUAAGUGGCCACCUGCCGGGAGGCCAAUAUAAGGACAAUCCAAAGUAAAAAGGGAACUAAGCGUACGUAUCUCCGGAGCACGGACCGAAUGAAUUGAUGUGAAGACGUCGAGUUCAGUCC